AUGUUUGGCUUCGACGACGCACAAGAUGCCCAUCAACAGGUGUACCAGCAAGAUGGCGGCUGGGAGAACCCCAAGCACGAAGCCAAGUUUAGCCAUGAAAUGAUCGCCGGAGCGGCCUCCUUCGAAGGAUUCAAGUUGUACGAGGACCAUCAACGCAAAGAAGGUGUGCUUGCCCACACCCCACCCCACCCAUAUACUGUUGCAUGCAGCACUGAUGGCGAUCCCCUAGGCAACACCGUCAAUCAUGCCUUUGCCAAAGAACUCCUCGCCGGCUUCGUCGGUGGUGAGGUUGACAAGCUCGCCGAGACUAGAGGCAUGAAUGCUUACGAUCGCGAGCGAGCUCAUCAUCACGCGAAGGAAGGGUCUAAGGAAAUGUAUGAUCAGCAUUAUGGUGGUCAGGACCAAUAUGACCCUUCGUAUGGCCCUCCACAGCAGAUCCAGAACUAUGGGGGGGAUGGCAAUGAUAGAUAUUGA